UGUGACUGGCUGUGUGAACGCAUUUCUUCUCCUGCUGAAUCGCAGACAUAUCAAAAUCUAGUGCUUCAUCGGGACAUACCAGUUUCGCAUUUAUUAUUUUGGAUGUUAUGGAUAAAAACGGUACUCAUUUGGAUAGUUCAUGGCCACCAAACUUUUGGGGUCAGAUGAUAAUAGCCUUCUCGGUGUCCAUGGUGAUUGGAUUGGUGAUUGGAGGGAUAAUCUGGGCUUUGUUUACUUGCCUGUCCCGUCGCAGAGCCAGUGCGCACAUUUCACAGUGGAGCUCCUCAAUCUCUAGCCGCCGUUCCAGACCUGCUUCUCAGGGCCAUGCUGCCAACAGGACUGGAUUCUACCGUAACAACAGCUGUGAACGUCGUAGCAAUCUUAGCCUGGCCAGCCUCACGUUCCAGCGACAAGCCUCCCUGGAGCAAGCCAACUCCUUCCCAAGAAAGUCAAGCUUCCGAGCCUCCACUUUCCACCCCUUUUUGCAAUGCCCUCCGCUCCCUGUGGAAACUAACAGUCAGCUGAUUACUCUGUCUCCCACCACCACCACCACUACCCUUGUGGGGACCACCACCAACAGCUUAACUCGUCCUGAAUUCCACUGGUCCAACAACAGCCUCCGCAUCUGCCAUUCAACACAAACACCUCCUCCUGCCUAUGAGACCAUCAUUAAAGCUUUUCCAGACUCUUGAACUGAAGUCUUUCUUUGUUUCUUUAAAAGAAGGACUCUCCAUCAUCUGAAGCAGAUUUUCUGUAUGCUCUGAAGGCCUCUGGGAAGCUCCCUGGUGCUGUGGCAUGCUGCAGGCAAACACAAGGGACAUGCACAGAUGACAGUGAUUUGCUAGGGCAAGGUGUGGUAUCCUGCAGCCCCAACUGAACUGGUCUGCAGUGUAAUUUCUGAAUUUAUAUUAUACCUUUAAUCUGUAAUAAUUGUAAGGCUUUUAGUUUAGAAGAAAGAAACUUCUGCAGGCUACAAAACUGGCAACUUAAACGAGCCACAUUAGGAACCAUUUGUUGAUAAUCGCUUAUUAAUUUCCUGCAAAGUUCACCCAUUCAUUAUGUUUGUUAGAAAUCUUGUUCUUAUACAUUUGUCUGUGAGUCUUAAGUUUUCAUUAGAUACUUUCCUUCAUCUCUUACAUCCUGGGCUGGUUCUAUGCCUCCUGAAUCACAGAGUUUCCUAUAGCUCAGGAAUCCCUUGGAAGAAGUAGAGUUUAAAGUGGUUUUAGUGUCACAGUCUUGUGGCAGGUACUAGGGCCCCUGUUUUGAUAUUUGUAGGGGGCUCCAAAUGACCACAGGCCAGUCCUGUUUACCACAAAUUCCCAAAAAUACGGCAAAAAAAGAUGGAGUGUCCCAACAUUUGUGCCAUGGGAGAAAUUUCUAACCGACAUUAAAAAGGAAUAACUCUAUAAAAGGACUUCGUCCUGCAACCUAACAGGGGUCACAUUUUAUUACCCUAUAAGGUUACAAGGAUACUAGUCUUGGUCCCUAAGAUAAACAACAUGAAUGGCAACUGUUUUUUAUUUGAGCUUCCUGUUUUUCUAUGGGAAUACUCAUUUCCUUUCUUUAAAUUGUUUUUCAGUUUGUACUAACGUUUCAUCCUUCCUGAUGUAUAAUACAGUGAAAUCCUGCAUUUUGCUAAAACAAAAUUUCUUAGACAUCUAGGGCGAAAUCCUGGCCUCACCAAAUUCAAUGUCAAAACUCCCAUUGACUCCAGGAUGUCAAGCCUUCAGUCUAAAAUAAUGAAACUGCUUUAGGGUAUGGAGAUGCUUAGGACAGAUUAACGCCUGUUUUUGACUGUCAGACCUGUAGAGCUAUUAUAACAUGCUGGCCCACUGGCUUAGCGGUGACUGACUGUAUUCACAUGUGAGAAGUCCAGGCUUGGGAGCAACGAAGAUAGCACAGACACAUGGAGCCUGAUUCCACUCCCAUUGACUGCAACGGGAGCUGGAUCAUUUCCAUGGUGGAUAGUCUCAGACUUGAACACAGAGAAGGGCAUUUCAGUUUAGAGAAUACCACCUGCUGUGCAGGGCCGGAUUAACUCUCCUGUGGGCCAGGGGCUAUUAGAUUGUGUGGAACCCCUGUAUACAAGUCUUUUUCCUCAGAGGGAGUUUGGUGCAGAAGGGGGCUGGGGCAGGG